AUGACAGCGGUGCAGGCCGAACGAAACUGCCGAUCCUCUUUAUUGUGCGUGGGGUGGUCGGUGGCCAAAUUGAACCGACGAGUUGUCUACCUAUCCUACUUGUCACGUCUAUGCCGUUCAAGAAACGGCCUGGAUGAAGACGUGUGGCUCUUCUACCUGAGGGAGCUCCUUAAACUCGAGCUUGUCGACCCAACGGCGCUGCUGGUGGAUAACUUGUCAGACCAUGUCUCCGUCCCAACACGAGGGUUCGUGGACGACGAGUUGCAAAGAGGCGUGAUCGAGAACGUUGUCGUCGUCAGCGAAUUCGUCGUCCAGGCGUUUGUGUACGGCGACAGUUUGCAUGCGGUGCUGGUUGGCGUGGUCGUGCCCGAGGCAGACACUGUGGCCACCUUGGCUAAGUCGCUCGGGAUCACGUGCACCGGCGUGGCCGAGCACUGCCAGAUCGACCAGGUGGUCGCUGCCGUCCUCAAGGAUAUCGUUCGCGUGUGCAAAGCGUCGGGAUUCCACAGCUUAAACCCUCGUCGGUACAGCAAAUCUCGCGGCCUUCAUCAAAAGCCACUUGAACUCACGCUUGCAAAAACGUGCAUGGAGACGGAUGCGGUGACCAUUUGGGUCUGUAUCGCCCGAAGGGUCACGAGACCCAAGACCGCACGGUCGUUCGGGUUGCAUGUCGUUCGGGAAGACCGCGUCGGGAUGCACGCCGCAGGCAGCGAGGACCUCCCGGAUGUUAAGUUCCAGAGUUUGGUCGCGAGCGGUGAGGACAAUGCCACAGGCGGCCGUCGCCCCAAGGACUCGCUUGUGUUCGCUAACGGCUGCAAGCGGGACUAG